AGAGAAUGUGGCAUUCAGGGAGAGGAGGGAAGACAAGAUGAGCGACGGCAGCCGGAGGGCCGUGUGAAGUACCAAAGUCCGAAAUCUGGAUGAAAGUCUUGUGGGGGGGUUUUCCUGCGUGGGGGUGAAACUUUCAUCUGACGCUCUUGGAAGUUUAUAAAAACGCGUGGAAACGGGAUUUUCCUGGAAUACUAAUGCGCGGAUAAACGCUACUUUGGAAUCUUCCUGAACACCGACGCCGUGUCCGUUAAAUGUCGGGGAUUAAAAGUUUCUGCGUGUUUACUGAAGAGGCGAGUUUGUGAGGCCAGGCUGGUGUUUCAGGCAGAGCCGGGGACCGACCCGCUCUGCCAGCCUCCUCCUCCUCCUCCACCCGUGUGUCUGAGGCUGCGAGGCCACUGGCCUGGAAGAGUUUAAGUAGAGCUCAGAUGAAGUCACGUCCACAGUGAGUGCCCAGAGGGGAGCAGCGAGCCGGCCCACUCGUCACACACUCGCAGUCAGGCUUCCACACAGCCCCCACCCCCCGCCGACCCUGGAAAUAACAACUGCCUGAAAUAAAGAGAGCGGGAAACUAAGCUGCAGAGAUCUUUCUCUCCUUUUAUCUCUCCUGGUGCUCAGAGGAAACCUCACCGAGGAGUUUUUAUCUUCACUUUGCUUCCUGGCUGUCAGCUGAGCAUCACAGGGAGGAAGUGGAGGUCUCACCUGAGGCAGGUGCACGUCUCCGGUGCUCAGCAUGAGGCCCUGAGGAGGCAGCGGGAUUUACUGUGAAGCUGGUUGGAUUUUAAGGAGGAGGAGGAGGAGGGAGCAUGGGGAAGGAGCAGGACCUCCUGCAGGCGGUGAAGAGUGGAGACCUGCUGUCCACCCAGAAGCUGCUGUCCAAGCUGAAGACCAACAGGAACAAGCUGCUGGGCUCCACUAAGAGGCUGAAUGUGAACUACCAGGACUCAGAUGGGUUCUCAGCGCUGCACCACGCCGCUCUCACAGGGACGAGCGAGCUGCUGGCAGCGCUGCUCGAGGCUCAGGCCACCGUGGACAUCAAGGAUAGUAACGGAAUGCGCCCGCUGCAUUAUGCAGCCUGGCAGGGAAAAGCCGAGUCGGUCCUGAUGCUGCUGCGCUCCGGAGCCUCGGUCAACGGCGCCUCACUCGACGGCCACAUCCCGCUGCACCUGGCUGCUCAGUACGGACACUACGAAGUGUCUGAGAUGUUGCUGCAGCAUCAGUCUAACCCGUGUCUGGUGAACAAAGCCAAGAAGACUCCUCUGGAUCUGGCCUGUGAGUUUGGACGAGUUAAGGUGGCCCAGCUGCUGCUGAGCAGUAACAUGGUGGUGGCGCUGCUGGAGGGCGAGAGGAAGGAGCCGAUGGACUCGGCCUUCACCACCCCGCUGCACCUCGCCGCUCGCAACGGGCACAAGGACGUCAUACGGCUGCUGCUGAAGGCCGGCAUGGACAUCAACAAGACCACCAAGUCUGGAACAGCUCUGCACGAAGCGGCGCUGUACGGGAAAACUGAAGUGGUCCGACUGCUGCUGGACGCCGGAGUGGACGUGAACAUCCGAAACACCUACAACCAGACGGCGCUGGACAUCGUCAACCAGUUCACCACCUCGCACGCCAGCAGGGACAUCAAACAGCUGCUACGAGAUGCGACGGGCGUUUUGCAGGUCAGAGCUCUGAAGGAUUACUGGAACCUCCACGAUCCCACCGCCCUCAACGUCCGGGCCGGAGACCUGAUCACGGUGUUGGAGCAGCACGUGGACGGACGCUGGAAAGGCCACAUCCACGACAGCCAGAGAGGCGUGGACAGAGUGGGCUUCUUCCCCCCGACCAUCGUGGAGGUCAUCAGCAGGAGGAACGGGGGCACCCUCUCCCGGCACGCCUCUCUGCCCACCCAGCGCCAGCAGUUGCUGUCCAGAGCCCCCCUCUCCUCCAGCCUCAGCUCCGCCCCUCAGACCGACGACUCCUACGCUCUGUAUGCACCCCCCACCCACGUGGUGCUGCCGCUGCCCAACGGCCUCACGACCAGCGCAGGUUCGUCUCCGAGCCGUCUGUCUCAGUCUGGGUGUCCCUUUGAGGACAUCUGGGUUCUCAGGGACUCGUGUCAUGCUGGAGACAGAAACAGCGUCGGGAGCACCGGCAGCGUGGGCAGCACCCGCAGCGCCGGCAGCGGGCAGAGCACUGAGAGCAGCCACGCCCCCAACGGACUGCAGCACCACGCCAGUCACCAUGACAACAAGGCGGCGCCCUCUGCUGUUGAUCCAGGGCAGUCUGCUGACUUUGGCAGGCCGGCCGAUCAUCCUGCAGGCGGGACUCCUCGGAGGCAGACAGUGACGGUGCAGAGACCUGCAGAGCAGAGCUUCUCCCAGCAGUUUGUUCGUCCUCAGCAGCUGCUGGAUGGGAAGGAUGCAGAAGCCAUCUAUCAGUGGCUAAGUGAGUUCCAGCUCGAGCAGUACACCGGAAACUUCCUGAACGCUGGAUAUGAUGUACCGACCAUCAGCAGGAUGACCCCUGAGGAUCUCACGGCCAUCGGAGUGACCAAACCAGGACACCGCAAGAAAAUCUCCAUUGAGAUCAACAACCUGAACAUCCCCGAGUGGCUGCCAGAGUACAUCCCAUCUGAUCUCUGCGAGUGGCUCAGUGCCAUCGGCCUCCCACAGUACCACAAAAAACUCUCAGAAAAUGGCUAUGACUCCAUCAGCAUCGUCAAAGACCUCACCUGGGAGGAUCUGCAGGAGAUCGGCAUCACCAAGCUGGGCCACCAGAAGAAGCUGAUGUUGGCAGUUAAGAAGCUGUGUGACAUCCAGAGAGCAAUCCUUCAGGCUGAAUCAGGCCAAGGCACGCUGCGACGCAAAGGUCCCGGAGCCCUUCACCUGGUCGCCAUUGAGGCCGAUGCUGGCAGCGAAUGCUCUUCACCUCACACCCCGAAGAUGCUGACCUUCCAGGACAGCGAGCUGAGCGCCGAGCUUCAGACAGCAAUGUCAAGCCACUACGGAGACUGCGAGGAAGGUUUGGCCAUCAAGAAUGCGGUGGGGAUGUCCCAGAGCCAGGAGAGCAUUGACACCCGGUCCAGAGGUUCUGGACGCUCACAGGAGCCUCCUACAGCCUCCAUCACCCCCCAGAACUGGUCCCAGGAGAGCCUGGAGGGCAGCCCCGCCAAGGAGAGGAAUCUUCCUGAGGGAUGGGACCAGAGGCCCCUACAGCAGCAGCCUCUGCCAAAACAGGUUCCUCUGGGUACGGCCACUGUGUUCAAGUACCCGGCCAUCCCCGCAAAGCCCAAACUGCCUGGAUCCCAAGGCUCCUCCCCUCAUGGCUCCCCAACCCUGAAGGGGUUCAGUUACCUGCACUCUCAGUGCGGUUCCACAGACCUGAACUCGUCUCCCAGGCACCAGAACCACGCUAUGACCCUGACACCACCCAACAAGCGCACCCAGAGCAUCACCCGCUACGCUCUGUCAGACGGAGAGCCCGAUGAGGACGAUGAGGAGCUGAUGCGUGCUGGAAACGUGCCAUCUUACGCCACUUUAACGCGCAAGCCCGGCCGCCACCAGCUGGCUCGACUGCAGCCAAGUCCCGACAAAAAUGGCAGCGUGGGACGCAGUCAGUCGUUUGCUGUCCGUGCCCGGAAAAAAGGUCCCCCUCCUCCUCCCCCAAAGAGACUGAGCUCAGUGAGCAGCAACACCAGUGGCGAGCUGAGCGACAGCAGCACGACUUCGUCCACUGGCGGCGUAGUGACUGACAGUCCGGGGAGCGUGCGCAGCAUCGCAGCGUCCCUGGAAAGCGGCGCAGAGGGGAAGAGCAGCUCCACACCAGAUAUUGUGCGGCACGAGGCUCCAUCUCCCUCCCUCAGCUCCGAGGUUGCAGGAGUAAGGAGGAGGGUGAAGAGCCAGUGUGUUUCCACCGAGAACAACGGCAGCACCAAGCAGGACCGAGGGGUCAAAUCAGACUCCGAGGAAGAAGAGUCAAACGGUCAUGGACUGGAACGCUCCUCGUCACCUCAAAACAGCUCCAGCGAGUGCAUCCCCUUCGCCGAAGAGGGCAACCUGACCAUCAAACAGAGGCCCAAAGCUCCAGGUCCGCCCAGGGCUGAGGCCGUGCUGGAGCCUCCUGAUAAGCCAGCGGCCAAAAAUCUGGAGGUGCUGGAGUUUAAUCUGAAAGAGUCGGACACGGUGAAGCGCCGACACAAACCCAAAGACAAGGAGCAGGGAGGAGGGUCCCCCAGCAGAGAGGGAGCAGGGGCCACCGAGCCCGAGUCUGACAGCAGCAGGCCUCCAUCCCUGAACCCGGAGGUCAGCCUGAGAAUCAGUGAGACCAGCGUGGAGAGGCCAGCCAGUCCAGCAACCGGUUCCCCCAUUAAACCUCCUCUCUCCCCUAAACCUGCUGUCGCCCCCAAACCUGUCCGGCACAGUCUGCUGGCUUCACAGGGACUGUCGUCUCCUACUGUGACCGUCAGUGUGGUUCAAAGUCUGGCCUUCGCCUCUCCAUCCUCACCCGCCCGCGGGCCUCCAGCUCCAUCCGCUCAGGCCCCCCAGAGCCCGUCUCUGGCAGCUGGGAGGUCUCACAUAUAUGCAUUGGGUCCAGGUCUUCCCCCUGAGCCGUCCGUGGGGGUGGAGGUGGCUCAGCAGAGACUGGAUCAGACCAGCACGUCUCUGGCAGCAGCUCUAAAAGACGUCGAGAGAAAACUGAACGUGGAGAACAGCUCCGACAGUGGACCGAACCAAGUGAGGUCUGCAGGAACCAUUUUGGACGACAUCGGCAACAUGUUCGAUGACCUGGCCGACCAGCUGGACGCCAUGUUGGACUGACAUAAACAGGAAGCCCAACGUAAACCUCAGGAAGUGACAUAUGGAUUAAGAAGGCCUGCCCAGUGGGAGGAGCUACUGCCUCCGCAUGAACACCAGCACUUAGUCAAACGGAGUCGUCUACAUUUCUCAGCUGUGUCUGGUCUCUGGUUGCAGGUCGGCGCGGCUCUUUAGUGUCUCAGCAGAAACCCUGAGCUGAAUAUUAUAUCACUGUUAAACACCAAUACUGUAACAUGAGUUUUUAUGCUUCGGACAUCAAAGGGCACAAAAGUCUCGCCAUCGCCCGCUGGCCAGCUUCCCGCAGCUUCCUGAUAAAAGACCUACUACAGACCAUAAUACUGGUUACCAGUCAGGAUGAUGAACUAUGACUGCAUGUAUGAAAUAAUGGUUGGUACCAUUUUUGCUGUUUGGAUACUGAAUAAAUGUUGGAAACUCAUCGAGGAGUAAAAACAGUACUUUAACUCUUACGUGAUGGAGACUUCGGCAGGCAGAGACGAGGUGAGCUCAGAAACCAACGCUUUCAUUCAGUGGCCUUCCAUUAACCCGAGGAUCGCACUACCAGAGCAAACAUUUCCAAAUCAGGCACUUGAAUCAUCAGAGGGCCCAAACUAAGCAACGGCACACCCACCAACUGUAUGCGGGAAAAGAGACUAUUGACUGUGUUGCUGCAGGGAAGCUGAUGCCUUUUCCUUUUUUGAACCAGCAUCAGUGGCACUGCGUUAUAAAACACGUCCUCGGUUUUUGUGGCAGCUUCUGUCAGAAAGCGCUGGCACCAUCUCUGGAACUUUUUGCCUCUUUUAGCUCCUAGUUUUGGUUUCUGGGACAUUUCAAGUUUCCAGUAACACUACAGAAAACUCUGAAAAACACUAAAUUACUUGCUCAACAUCAACAUCAAACAUGGAGCUGAAAGAGGAUGUGGACAACACGUAUCGUCAACAUGUGCCGCCUAUGAGGUUGCCGAUCAGUAAGUGUAAACUUUUAAAAUGUAUUUUCAAGUGACCGUUUAAAUAUGACUUUAUAUGCAAGCAGACUGAAGUUUCUGCUCUUUUCCUUCGACUGUGCUGAAGACCUGUCACUGUUGUAACCUGAGUUUCUGUAGUUAUCGUACUUUGUUUUCUUGCUGCUGAAACAAAACCUGGAUGGUCUUCGACUGUUUUUACUGUGGAACCAUGUCAAAUCUAACCUUUGUAAUAUUUAAAGAAAUCUAUUUUAUACAGAUAUUAACCCUGUGUAAUAAGUUGUGGCGCAGUGUCUGCGAUGGUUAAAAACCUUUUCUACUCUGUGUUUAUGAAAACCUGUAAAAGUGCUCGACUGUGUUGUUUGUUCAAAGGGAAGAAAAGCAUAUUAAGCUCAUUUCACGUGUGGACAGCUGACCACAGCAUGAGACACUUAUAUAUACACAUGUUAUUUUUUAUAUUCAUUUUAGCCAAAUUAGUAUUUAAAUUAGAGUUAUUGAAAUAUGUAUAUUGUACACCAGUAGAGGUAUAUACAGGAGUGCAUAUCCAACCAAAGGUCUGUACAGAUUUUCAUAAACAUUUCCUUUAAAAGAAAAUGAGUGAAAUUUGCAGCUGUUACCCUCGUUAUUGUAAGAUGCUUCUGAAAUGUUAUUUUCAUGUCCAGCCUGCAGGGUAUGGAUACUGCAUGCCAUGCUUGCUCUGUUGCAUUUGUGCGCUGUCUGUUGUUGUCCUGUCGUUGUGUGGUCUGUGUGAAUGAGAUGCUCUGCUUUGGAUUUGUGAUUCUCAGGAAAAUCCCCGUAUGCCUGGCUGCUCCAUGCCUCCUGUUCCCAAUGUGCCAGACUAAGAUUUCCAUCUCAGCUGGCCAAACAGACGGCAGCAGUACCACUUCUGUUUUGUUCAUUGGUCAAUCUUAAAAGGUUAGCGCCUGUGAUAUAAAAGUUUUGCUGAAACGUGUUUGAAAUCAAAGUAACGUUCCCACUGUGGCUGGUUUACUGGCAAAUACUCCAUUCGGGGCCAGUAACAAAACAGGUUUUAAGGUGGUGUUUGAAGUUUAGCAUAGCUAUUUAUGAAGCACUAGUACUAACAUCCUCAGCAGGUGUUACACACACAUAUAAAGCUGGAUAUCAUCAGCACAGAAGGUCAUGCAGCUGUAUUUUCAGAUAUUUGACUGUACAGGGCAAAUAAAGAGGACCCAGUAGGCUUCCCUGAGGAGUCCCCACAUUAACCAUAGUGCAUCUGUUAUAACAUGUCACCUUUUAACAUUGUAGCAAUAAUUUUUAAGUCUUUCAUACAACCUGCUAUUGUCCAUCAAUGUUUUAUUUCACAGCUUAAAACAUGUUAGAAUCACUGAAACACGAUCUUCCAAAGUAAUCUCCAGAAACAGUGAAUAUGUAAUGUAAGUGUAGUGUGUUGUUGAGCUGGAUGAUGUGUGUGUGUGCGCUGCUGCUUUUGUUUGGUUGUUCUUUUGUCCUCUGAGCUGUUUGUGUAACCAUUAAAUAUACAUACUGUCCUGA